CAGGGCCGCCAUCUUGGCGGAAAGUUUAGAGGGAGAGCGGUUGGGGGCGCGGAAGGAGGCGAGGUUCCGGGGGUGGGGCGGCUAGGCUAGGAGAGGGCGAGCGGGCUAGCGGGCUUGCGGGCUUCGGCGAGUGAGGAGGCGGCGGUGGCCGAGAACGAGGAAGAGGCAGCGGCAGCGGGGGUGCGGCAGCCGAGGGGAGCUCCUCCCCCGUUCCCUUACCCCCCUCAGCUCAGCUCCUCGAGCCCCGGCCAGGGCGGGGGGACGUGGAGCUGGGUAGGGACGGGGAGCCGCCCGGAGACGGUCCGGGGCGCACCCCAGCUCCCAGCGCACGCCACUCGCAGGAACUUUGUGGCGGCGCCGCAGGUGUGGGGGCCCGCGGAGGUGUGCAUGUGGGGCGCGAGGGCGUCGCGGAGAGCGGCCGCUGCCCCGUCCGGCCCCCGCUGGAGUAGCUUGGAGGAAGCGAGCAAGGAGACAGGCAAGCGAGAGGAGGGGGCCCAGGCAGGGCGGGGUGAUAAGUCCAGUUGGUCCCUUCUAGCGCUCUACAGCCGCUGCUGACUUAGGGGCCAAGGAUCGGAGCGCCUUUUCAUCCCCCCAUAGCAGGUGUGUGCUCUCUUCCUGAUUCUGGAGAAAAAUGCCGGUCCGGAAGCAAGAUACCCAGAGAGCAUUGCACCUUUUGGAAGAUUAUCGUUCAAAACUAAGCCAAACUGAAGACAGACAGCUCAGAAGUUCCAUAGAACGAGUCAUUAACAUAUUUCAGAGCAACCUCUUUCAGGCUUUAAUAGAUAUUCAAGAAUUUUAUGAAGUGACCUUAUUGGAUAAUCCAAAAUGUAUAGAUCGUUCAAAGCAGUCUGAGCCAAUACAACCUGUGAAUACUUGGGAAAUUUCCAGCCUUCCAAGUACUACUGUGACUUCAGAAACACUACCAAGCAGCCUUAGCCCUAGUGUAGAGAAAUACCGGUAUCAGGAUGAAGAUACACCUCCUCAAGAGCACAUUUCUCCACAAAUCACUAAUGAGAUGAUAGGUCCGGAAUUGGUUCAUGUCUCUGAGAAGAACCUGUCAGAAAUUGAGAAUGUCCAUGGAUUUGUUUCUCACUCUCAUAUUUCACCAAUAAAGCCAACAGAAGCUGUACCUCCCUCUUCUCCCACUGUCCCUGUGAUCCCUGUCCUGCCAGUCCCUGCUGAGAGUACUGUCAUCCUACCCACCAUACCACAGGCAAAUCCUCCUCCAGUACUGGUCAACACAGAUAGCUUGGAAACAUCAACUUACGUUAAUGGCACUGAUGCAGAUUAUGAAUAUGAAGAAAUCACACUUGAAAGGGGAAAUUCAGGGCUUGGUUUCAGCAUUGCAGGAGGUACAGACAACCCACACAUUGGAGAUGACUCAAGUAUUUUCAUUACCAAAAUUAUUGCAGGGGGAGCAGCUGCCCAAGAUGGAAGGUUGCGGGUCAAUGACUGUAUAUUGCGAGUAAAUGAAGUAGAUGUUCGUGAUGUAACACAUAGCAAAGCAGUUGAAGCUUUGAAAGAAGCAGGGUCUAUUGUACGCUUGUAUGUAAAAAGACGGAAACCAGUAUCAGAAAAAAUAAUGGAAAUAAAGCUCAUUAAAGGUCCUAAAGGUCUUGGAUUCAGCAUUGCUGGAGGUGUUGGAAAUCAACAUAUUCCUGGAGAUAAUAGCAUCUAUGUAACCAAAAUAAUUGAAGGAGGUGCCGCGCAUAAAGAUGGUAAACUUCAGAUUGGAGAUAAACUUUUAGCAGUGAAUAGUGUGUGUUUAGAAGAAGUUACUCAUGAAGAAGCAGUAACUGCCUUAAAGAACACAUCUGAUUUUGUUUAUUUGAAAGUGGCAAAACCCACAAGUAUGUAUAUGAACGAUGGCUAUGCACCACCUGAUAUCACUAACCCUGCUUCUCAGCCUGUUGAUAACCAUGUUAGCCCAUCUUCCUAUUUGGGCCAGACACCAGCAUCACCAGCCAGAUAUUCGCCUGUUUCCAAAGCAGUGCUUGGGGAUGAUGAAAUUACAAGGGAACCUAGAAAAGUUGUUCUUCAUCGUGGCUCAACAGGCCUGGGUUUCAACAUUGUAGGAGGUGAAGAUGGAGAAGGAAUAUUUAUUUCCUUUAUUUUGGCUGGAGGACCUGCUGAUCUUAGUGGAGAGCUCAGAAAAGGAGAUCGUAUUAUAUCGGUAAACAGUGUCGACCUCAGAACUGCCAGCCAUGAGCAGGCAGCAGCUGCUUUAAAAAAUGCUGGUCAAGCUGUCACAAUUGUUGCACAAUAUCGACCUGAAGAAUACAGUCGUUUUGAAGCCAAAAUACAUGACUUACGGGAACAGAUGAUGAAUAGUAGCAUUAGUUCAGGAUCAGGUUCUCUUCGAACUAGCCAGAAGCGAUCCCUCUAUGUCAGAGCCCUUUUUGAUUAUGACAAGACUAAAGACAGUGGCCUUCCUAGUCAAGGACUGAACUUCAAAUUUGGAGAUAUCCUCCAUGUUAUUAAUGCUUCUGAUGAUGAGUGGUGGCAAGCCAGGCAGGUUACACCAGAUGGUGAGAGUGAUGAAGUUGGGGUGAUUCCCAGUAAACGCAGAGUUGAAAAGAAAGAACGAGCCCGAUUAAAAACAGUGAAAUUUAAUUCUAAAGCAAGAGGAGAUAAAGGGGAGAUCCCUGACGACAUGGGAUCAAAAGGCCUGAAACAUGUAACUUCUAAUGCCAGCGAUAGCGAAAGUAGUUACCGUGGUCAAGAAGAAUAUGUCUUAUCGUAUGAACCAGUGAAUCAACAAGAAGUUAAUUAUACUCGACCAGUGAUCAUAUUGGGACCGAUGAAAGACAGGAUAAAUGAUGACUUGAUCUCAGAAUUUCCUGACAAAUUUGGAUCAUGUGUUCCUCAUACAACUAGACCAAAACGAGAUUAUGAGGUAGAUGGAAGAGAUUAUCAUUUUGUAACUUCAAGAGAGCAAAUGGAAAAAGAUAUCCAGGAACAUAAAUUCAUUGAAGCUGGCCAGUAUAACAAUCAUCUGUAUGGAACAAGUGUUCAGUCUGUGCGAGAAGUAGCAGAAAAGGGCAAACACUGUAUCCUUGAUGUGUCUGGAAAUGCCAUAAAGAGAUUGCAGAUUGCACAGCUUUACCCAAUCUCCAUUUUUAUUAAACCCAAAUCCAUGGAAAAUAUCAUGGAAAUGAAUAAACGUCUAACAGAAGAACAAGCCAGAAAGACGUUUGAGAGAGCCAUGAAACUGGAACAAGAAUUUACUGAACAUUUCACAGCUAUUGUACAGGGAGAUACGCUGGAAGACAUUUACAACCAAGUGAAGCAGAUUAUAGAAGAACAGUCUGGUCCUUACAUUUGGGUUCCAGCAAAAGAAAAGUUAUGAGGACUUGAUGUUUCUCUGUUUCUCUUUUCCACAAUCUCACUUUCUUUGACACUUCUUUGCCCUUUCCUUCUGGAGUCUGUCUUCAAUACUUCUUCUGUGUUGAAUCAUAUCCCACUCAUCAUGGUCUGCAGUUGCACUUAUUUUUAACAUCUUACUGUCUCCUUCAAAUUGUAGCAUCUGUAUUAUUUUGUGUCACCAUUCGUUUGUGGCCAUUUUUCACAACUGAAGACAAAAUGGCCUGACCAGCUAUUAAUAGCAUUUGGGGAGAUGGGGAAAUUGUUGUAAAAUUCCUUAAUGUUUAAGGGAAAGUAACUUUAAGAGAUUUUCGGAACAGCUUUAUAUACAUUGUUUUCAAAUUUCAAUAUAAAUGAAAGAAAAGUGGUUUUAAUCAGUGAUUUAGUAAACUUUGAGCAACGAUGCACGCUUAGCUUUGAUAGCAUGGUUUGGCCAAUAUAUUAGCUCUCAAGUCCUUUUCUCAAUUGACUUUUGUUAUCAAAGCAAAUAUUUCAUUAGAAACAAAUAAGGCAAGCAUAUGUUUUUUAAUUUCACAAUUAAUAUCUGGUUUAACUUUCAUAAUUUCACAAGCGAUAUUCAUUUUUCAUAAGAGUUCUUCUUAAAGUCUUUUAUUGUUUGAGAGUUUUUUCCCCCCAAUAGAUUGGCUAGGAAUAACAAUAUUUAAAUGUUUUUAAUCUUCUUGUGCAACACUAUUUAUAGUGUCUUACCUGAGUUGUUCGUAUAUAAUGAUCAUCACAUUUUCUGAAUUGAGGCCAUGUUUAGGUGCUAGGGGAGCUCACCUUUUACACAUAAGGUUGAGAAAAUUUCAUAGAUACAAAUACAGAACAGUCAUUACAGUGGUGAUGUAGUAAUCAUUAUGACAAAGGGAAAGGAGUCCAAUUCAUAGUCUAAAACUUUAAAUGUAUUCUUAGGGGUCAGAUUUUAAUGAAUAUUUUACCCACAAUAACUAUUUUGUUAUAAUAAAUAUAUAUAUAUAUAAAUAUAUAUAAACUUUCUUUAAACUCUGUAACUAUGGGAAUUAUUUUCUUUACAUAGUUGCACACACAAACAUAUAUUUAAGAUAUAUUUUUUUUCUUUUGCCACCUACUCUUAACUUUUCGUUUGGUUUUUAAAUUAAAUAUUAAUGGAUUAGACUUUAUCUUCCUUAAUCAUGUGAAAUGAAAAUAGGGGUAUGGUGGUUGCGGAAAGAAACCUUUAGGGAAAUUAGGUUAUGAGUAAAAAUACAGGCAUGUUCUCCUCUUUUCUACAAAAGUUUUCAAUUCGUUCCUGGUUGGUUUUUUGUGGGGUUUUUUGUUUUUUGUUUUUUGGAGGGGGGGUGGUUGUUGUUACCGUUGUUCUUGUCAUUGGUUUUGGAUUUGGUCUCCGCUUCUCUUUCCAGUUUUUCUUUCAUUAAUAGGCAAAUAGGCAAAAGCCUCAUGUGUAUGAGUGUUUUCCCCUCAGACUGCACACCUUUCAUCUCUCGUAGCUGCUCUGCAGUAGAGUUGCACAGAUCCUUAUGGUGAGCAACUAAGAAAUUUUAGUGAUAAGUAGAUAAUUUCAGAAUUCAAUUUCUCUGGUCUUUUUAUAUUAAUAAUAUUGUUUGGCUUCCCAUUGCUUUUUUGGAGUUGUUUAUUAAAUAUAUGUUUUUGACAGCCUCUUCAUUACAGUUUCUUAAACAAAUGAGUACUGCUUUGUAAAGAAUUAUCAAUAUUAUCCAUUCCAUUUAUGAGAAAGAGGAGAACAGCUAAUAAACUUUAUUGUAAAAUCUGUA